UAAAAUUAUUUUGCUACCAAUGGCAACCAAAUAGAUGAAGAUGCACAAUCCGCUGGAUAUCUGAAUUUGGCUAAGACGAUCGCCAUUACGAUAAAUAUUCCCGUUCUUCUGUAAACGCCACCGCCGGCGCUCGCCGGAGAUGGAGGAUCACGUUGAACGACUCCUGAAUCGCAUCUCCCUCUGCUUCGCUGCCAUCGCCACACUCUCUCUCCUCCACCUCUUCUCGCGCUCCUCCUUCUCCUGCGAUCCCUCGCUCCUCCACCGACGAAACCAGUCGCAAUCCCUAACCCUAACCCUUUCACCGUUUCCUAGCUCUUCAUGUGAAGCCGCCUCCCGCGACAUUAUACCCCCAGAAAAGCGCUUCCAUAAGCUUCGCUCCACCCAUGCCUUCCAACGCCGCGUCCAAUCCUUCUCCUCCCUCUUCUUGUCCCUCCGCUCUCUUGGCAUCCUCUCCAAUUCAUCCCACGUUCUUUGCGUUUCCGCGGGUGCUGGCCACGAGGUUGCUGCGCUCCAAGAUUCCGGCGUUGUUGACGUUACUGGGGUCGAGGUCAUCGACUUCCCGCCGCUCGUCAAGCGUGCUGACCCACAUAACCUCCCAUUCUUUGAUGGAGUUUUCGAUCUCGGUUUCAGCACCGGUUUCGCCGCUGCCCUGUUUCCCAGGCGGUUUGUGGAGGAGAUAGAACGAACAGUGCGGAACGCCGGCGUCACGGUACUGGCAGUUGACGGUUGGGAGCCGAAGGAUGGUGUGGAGCACGUUGAGAAGCUCUUCAAAACGUCAAGCAUUGUUGAGGUUAGGAAUUUUACUCUGGAUGGAUCUCCGAUGACUUUGGUUGUUAUGAGAAAGAAUAAUAAUGGAACGAAACUUUAACGAGUUUCUUUCUUGCUAUUUCACUGUAUUCUCAUUCUUUUACAUUCAUAUUGAUUUCAGUUGUUUUAGAUGCAUAUAACUAAUCAGGUGCAAAAGCAUUGAAUUGUAUGCGCGGCGUCUCAUACGCCUUUCAACAAUGUAAGCCCUUGAUUUUAAGUUUUCCGGUAUAAAAUUUGCAAAACAAAACAAUCAACAUAA